AUGCUUCUAGGCAGGUUUGGUGGCUAUUUAGCACGUUCGGAAUACAAUGUCAUUGAAGACAACGACGGCAACAACUCUUCUCCCACCGUCGACAACGACGUGGCGUCCGAUUAUAGUGAAAUUCCGGCCACUCGCAACGAGUACGCCGCAUUGAUGGGCGGUCAAGCGGUGCAAAUCGAAGUGGGCGAUUUGGCACUGGGUCGCAAGGCGUGGAAAAAGCGUCGUCGCUCCGGAUCACCCCUGUUGGUGCCCUGUUCGGUCCUAAACUUGGAUCGGGCAUCCAUGCUGCGAUGGAAUUUACUCUAUUUGUUGUACCGGCAUGGAUCGGCACAAAAAGAUGGAACCGUGUUGUCCACUGCCGAAUUGACGCGGCUUCACAAGAAGGUUUUGAAAGGACGGUUGGCGAACCACGCCACGGAAAUGGGCUAUGGCACAGCCGAGGAUUUGAUCCAGGGUUUGUUCAGUAGCAAAGCCACACAGGAUACCUACGGAGUCCGCCUCGUUGCAGAUCCAGAGGGAGUCCAAUACUAUCUCAAGACACCCCGAUCCAAAUUCAAGGCCAAACAAAAGGCCGCUCAAGCCAAACUAUUGCAAGUCGUCACCCAAGAUGAUUCCAUCAUGAAACACACGGGAUAUAUUCGAUACCGCGAUGAAGAAUCAUCCGAGGGUGGUGAUGUCUUUCCACCUCUCUCGGCUGCUUUACGAGUCAGUCCCCGCGAAGAUAUCGAAACGGGCAAAGUCCAGCAAGGAAGCAUCCAGUCGGCUGUCUUGUUUGAUUUUGAUCCACAGGGUGAUGGAGGCAUGCCCUUGCUCACGCUAUCCUUGAAUCCCACGGCAGGACGACAACCCAAAUUGACCACCAAACGUCAGCAUCAUCCCAAAUAUGCACCUCUCAAAAGUCCGCGUCAAAUGCUGGAUCAGUUGCAAGUAGGAGAAGGACCCUUUGACGCCAAAGUGGUCAAAUUGGCGCGAGAUCAUGCUCUGGUGGAUUUUGGGAUCGGUCGCAAAUUUAGUAGUGCCAAACAUCCCGAUGAAGGAGUCGGUAUUGGAACUCCCGAAUUUGUCAAAGUCUUUGGAAAAUUGCGGUUCAAGGAUGCCAUUGAUCCCGACUCCAUCUGGGAUACGACCAAAAUAUUCGACAAUACUGAUACCACACAACCAAAGCAACAAUCUACUACACAAGACGACGAGGUCUUUGCAUCGAUGAAAGAAAUGUUGAAUCGCGUCGAAACCGAAUUUGAUCAGUUGGACGAAGGAGAAGAGUUGGAAGAUAUUACGCAUUUGUUCAGUACCAAUGCGGAUGGUUCCUUGAACUAUCAAAAUCCCGAAACGGGAGAAACGGAACUGGUCAAGCCAAAGGAUGAUGAACCUGAAGAAGAAGAAGACCAACCGACAACCUUUGCCAUUCCGCGAGCAAGACCACGAGGACGCAGCAUCCGAUUGCGCGUCGGAGAUAUCGUCCCCGUACAUAUUUUGUCCGUGUCCAAACAAUCCAGUCAAUUCAUGGUCACCACCGAUCCAUCCGCGGUGCGCGGCAAAAAGGCAAAGGAUAUCAAAAAGCAAGGCGAUGUUAGUAAGAAACUGGAACGAUUGAGUCAAAUGUUGGGGGGACUGGAGAAAGCCCAAGAACUAAAAGGGCGGGAAUACGAAGGAAGAGUCAAGGCAACCUCUCAAACUGGUGACUGGCUCUACGUAGAGCCCUUUUCCGACAUUCAAGACGGUAUUCAGCUUCCAGUCGGUGUUGCAGUGCUGCCAGAAGAUCUGACAACAGAGUUCCAGUCUAUUGAGCAGGGAGAUAUGGUGCGAAUACAAAUGGAUGGUAUUGAUGAAAGUCGGGGACAAUUAGCGAUGAAAGUCAUUGGAAAGCUGUCUCCUUAAUUUUAAAAAAGAGCUAAGGCAUGGCAACUACAAAUAAAACUUUCAAACCAACCAUGUACAUUUCCUUUCAUCCAAUCCUAAAGAGCACGCUUGAUGAGAAACAAAUAAGAAGUGUACCAGUUGAAUAAUGCAUACAACCUUACUGUUUAUUUUU